AAAACGUUCUUCCGCCAUGACGUCAUGUCUAACACGUUUUCCUUCCCGUCAUGCAGCGGAAAAAACAACAUGGCGGCGCCCAUUGCAGGGGUGCACAAGAGACUGAAAAGUUGGGAGACUCCAUGGCGGGAAAAGCUGAAGCUGGGUCGUCUGGCCUGGAAGUCCAGAAGGGUUGUACUUCCCAGAAGAGAGCAAGUUCUGUUAGACUGGGCUACCGGCACACUCAUCCAGCACUAUGCAAAAAAGUAUUUCAGACUAUGUGUGAUCAGCUGUUGUCCCCGGCCGUCUGUUGUUGUUGGGUUCUAAACAACCGUUCCAAACUGCCGUCCUCAACAACAAGCGACGUCAUCAGCAAGAUACAAGAACACCUGCACCAAGGCCUAUUCCUCAGGGAAAAUGCAGCAGCUUUUGAGAAACACCUGUGUGAUACCACAGACAAACCCCCGUGUGAGAUCACAGACUCCCCAUCCGCAGGAAACAGAGGAGUGGAACUUUACUUCCAGCAGCUGGACAAGCUUUUAAAGAACACGGCGGAUCAAUCUGUGUUCAAGACCUGUGCCUUCCCAGCCGGAGAUAUGGAGGCUGCGGUCCUGCUGUACUUACCUGCAGCCUUCAGCAGCUUCCUAAAGUCUCCUGCCUGCACGGAUGUCUCCAGGACUGGGUUUGCUAUGCUGAAGACUCUGUCUGGUUUAGCAGCUGGGAAUAACAUGGAGACAGAGAACGGACAGGAAGAGGGCGGGAUGGAGGUUGAUGCAGAUGCAGAGGGAGGAGAGAUUGGAGUAAAGACACAGGAGAGAAGGCUGGUGGCUGUCAGAGACCUGCUUCAGACAGCUCUGGACCUGAAUAUCUACAGGGCACUGGAUGAUGCAGCAUCAGGUGGGAAUCAACUGUCUUGGCUGCGGCAGUUACUGCAGACUUUGCUGAAGUUCCCUACGCAGGCUGCAGCAGCCAGACUGGACUGUGUGAGACUGCUGCUGGACAUGAAUCACCAGGUCCUGGCUCCCAGACUCACCGACGUCUGGACAUGCUCCUGGCUGCUGCUUGACAAGGACGUGGCUCCUGCUGUACAGGAGGCCCAGGACAAGUUGCUUUGCAGACUCCUGGAGACGUAUGCCAAGCUACGACAGGUGGACACGUUGUUAGCAGCUAUGCUGGAUGCUGUCCAACAGAACCAGGAUCAGUUGUCAUACUCCAAGACAUUCCCUCCCCUCACCUUACACAGGUGGACAGAGUUGGUCCAGGGUCUGCCUCCAGGUCUGGCCGUGGAAAUAUGGCAGAGCAUGCUGAACAAGCUACAGGAACAAAUCCAGCUAGCUCCAACUCCCCAGCUGUUGUGCACCUCUGCCUGUCUGGAGCAGAUGACGACCCUCCUGUCCCUCCUCCUGCUCCACCUGCGUCUCUGGGACGCCAGCAUCCCGUCGCCCGCGACAACAAGACUGGACCAGCUGAUGGCGUCCACCUGCAGCGACGUCAUCUCUCCCCUGCUGAAGCUCUGUCUGGGAACCCAGGAGGUAGAUGAACACCUGCAUUUCUCUGCUCUCCACCUGUGCCACACCUGGUGUCAGCUCAACCUGCUCUCUGUGCACAUGAAAGGUGACAAUCACAGCAGUGAGUCUGUGCCCAGUGUUGGAGAGAGUGAAGGAUAUUUGGACUUCAGCCUGCAGUACCCACAGCUGUCACCAGGGGACUGGUCCACCCUGUGUUGUAAACUUCAUAAGUCAGGCAACAAGAGGAUAGGUUAUGUUCUGCAAAUGCUGAGCCUGCAGAAGGUGAGGAUGUUAAGGAUAGUGACGAGCCCUUCAGAACAAGGCACAGUGAGGAGGACGAUUGAGAAUGUGAUCAGUUCUGCUAACCAUCUUAGUCUUAUUGAAGUCGAGGAUUCCACCUGGGAUGGUCAGGCUACAAGUGUGACAAAUGAAAACUAUCCCACAGCUCAAUGGUACCUUCUGUGCAGCCAUAUUGGUCUGAUUUCCCCUCUGUGUCACCAGGGUGACUUAGAACUUUUGGCACGCUAUCUUCUGAAAACAGUUGUCAGUGAGAGCCGUCCACAAACUUCGACUGGGCUGCUGACCAGAGCCAUGAUAUCUGCAGACCUGCUCAACAGCGCCCCCUUUCGGGAGCUGUUGGCACUGCAGAAGGCCAUGAUAACUGUCAUCAUCAGUCGUCUGGCAGACACUGUGGAGCUUAGCAAGAAAACUGAUGCUCGUUGGACAUGUUUGGAUGUACUAUUUGAGAUCAGUGAUGACAACAAGCCCUGGUCGGCAACUUCAGAACUAGAGGACAACACCACCAACCUGUCGGCAGUCAUCGCAUCAGCAGCAACUACACUAGAAUGUCAUCUAAAACAAGUGCCACAGAAGUGUCAUCUGAUAGAGCAUCAUUUACAAAAGAUAGCCUGGUACCUAAAGGUGCUGAAACGACUCCCUCUGCAGUGUCUGUCAGACGUCAGCUCACAACGCUGUGUCCUCGCCUGUCUCGUUCUGUACUGGUUUCUCGGGGCAUCACGCUGUUUGUCAGCACCAGCUGUCCUGACAACAAUCCUGGAGGUGCUGAGAGACGUCAUGGCUGGGAAGAAGAAAACCAGCCUGUGGGGCGUCUUAGAUGCAGCCGUCACCAUGAAGGGCCUGCUGCUAGCAUGUAGACAAACUCGGAACGUCUCCGAAUCCGCAGCACUACAAGACACGUACCAGGACUUGUUGUACCACCUGCUGUGGUCAGUUGUCAUGCAUAACAAGGUGAAAAUUCCUGCAGACCAGAGCGAGACUGUUGCCUCCUGCACCAGGAAGCUGGCUGCGGGUGUUUCUGCUGCUGCGGGUGUUUCUGCUGCUGCGGGUGUUUCUGCUGCUGCGGUAGUUCCUGCAGCCCAGAGUGAGACCAUUUCUGCUGCAGCUGCGUCGUGGGCAGACCUGCCUGCAGUCACCACUGCCAUGGCUGCAGCUCUCAGGGUGCAGGUGGCAGACGCACAGGUUGGUGAGAACUGGACAUCUGUCAUCCAGCACCAGGUUUGCCGCCUACAGACCCUACUGGCUGAACAGGUCCAGGACAAGGUACAGAACCUCCGUGCCUGCCUGUCCUUCCUGAAGACUGCAGCAGGAGGAGGACCAAAGUGCCAGGCCGUCCUGCCGGGGGGGUUUGGGCCGACUGUGUACAGCCUGGUGGAGCAGCUGCUGCUGGGGAUUCACUCCACAAACUGGACAGGUAACAAAAUGUCAUCUGCAGACCUGGCAGAUGUUGUGGCAGAUGAAGAAGCGUUGCUGCUGAUGGUGUGCAGAUCUUCCCAACCUGAGCAGUUCUCCACAUACGUACUGGGUCUACAGAAGCACUUGGACAGUGGCACAUCCAUGUGUGCUGCUCUAAGGCUGUGGCAACUUGUGCUGAAGGAGGAGUGGAAAGAUGAGAAGAGAGAUGCCCUGAACACAAUUCUACCACAGUUGGUCCUGAAGCUCCAGGCUGUACUGCAGAAGUCAUGCAGUAAAGAUACUGAAGACUUUGUUUUACAGCAGGUUUUUGUACCCAGCCUCCUCACAACUGCUGCCAUACUGCAGUUUGGACAGACUGCAGCCUUUCUGGUGGCAGAGUACAUCAGUGAGCUGCAGCAUGGGACAUUACAUCCGGAAGUCAAGAAAUCGUUGGUGCCGUCUGUGUACCUCCUGCUGGAUGUGUGCGGGAUGCACGGCAGCAAACUUCUGGGCACAGCUCUGGACCCUGGACUUAGGGAGAUAUACAAGGCUCUGCAUACAGACUACAACAGAUAUCACAAGUACAGGGGGAAAAUAUGAGUAAUACACAUUCAUGUUAACUUAUAGAUAAAUAUGAUUUGGUGAUGAAAUUUAGACAUCCAUGAAAUAAGAUGCCAAAUUUGAAAGUAACAGUAAAGUUACUCAACAACUGGAUAGAUUUUUGUAAACGUUCAGAUAUUUCAAGUAGCAUCCGCUACCUUUUGUCAACUAAUAAAUAUACUUAUUCAAGGACCAAGUUCUCUCUCAUGUACUUGUGAAGUUUAACACAGUUACUGUAGUGUAACACUCCAUAAGGCCACACCAAUUUAAUUUCUUGGUUAACAGAUUAG